CAUCUGGAGGGGGCCAAAUGUGAACUGCGUUGACAGUACUGGAUACACUCCACUGCACCAUGCUGCUUUGAAUGGUCAUAAGGAUGUGGUGGAAGUUCUGCUGAGGAACGACGCACUGACCAACGUAGCAGACUGUAAAGGCUGUUACCCUCUUCACCUGGCAGCUUGGAAGGGAGAUGCAGACAUAGUGAAGCUCCUCAUCCAUCAGGGACCUUCACAUACUAAAGUGAAUGAGCAGAAUGCUCUUGAGAUCAAAGAACUCAAAAAGUACGGCCCCUUUGACCCAUAUAUCAAUGCCAAGAACAACGACAACGAAACAGCGCUGCACUGUGCUGCCCAGUACGGCCACACGGAGGUGGUGAAGGUCCUGCUGGAGGAGCUGACCGACCCCACCAUGCGCAAUAACAAGUUUGAGACUCCUCUGGACCUGGCCGCGCUCUACGGGAGGCUGGAAGUCGUGAAGAUGCUCUUGAACGCUCACCCCAAUCUUUUAAGCUGCAACACUAAGAAACACACUCCCCUGCACUUGGCGGCGAGGAAUGGUCACAAAACUGUUGUCCAUGUCCUCCUGGAUGCUGGCAUGGAUAGCAACUACCAGACUGAAAAAGGCAGUGCUUUGCACGAAGCUGCUUUGUUUGGCAAGACAGAUGUGGUACAAAUAUUGCUGGCUGCAGGUAUUGACGUGAACAUAAAGGACAACAGAGGCCUGACAGCUCUGGAUAUUGUGAGGGAACUUCCUUCUCAGAAAAGCCAACACAUAGCAGCUCUUAUUGAAGAUUACACGGUGGGGAAGAAAAGUGCCAAAACUGCAGAGAAGACUGUUCAAGCACCGCUUGUUCCAGCCACUGAUCCUGUGUGCCGGGUGUCUCAGGGUGAUGUGGAGAAAGCAGUGACAGAGUUGAUCAUAGAUUUUGAUGUGAACCCGGAAGAGGAGAGCCCGUAUGAAGCUUUGUACAACGCAACGUCCUGCCACUCCCUGGACAGUCUGGCCAGCGGGAGAUCUUCAGAUCGCGAGUCUGUGAAUAAGGAAGCAGAAUCCACUGGUCUCAAAGCAGCAGGAGUCAGGCCUAGAGAACGUCCACCCCCGCCUGCCAAGCCUCCGCCCGAUGAAGAGGAAGAGCAGCAUGCGGAGAAGAAGAUAGGCCAUGGCGCUUCCAGUGAGGCCUCUGCUACACGAGGAAAGAGCAGGGGAAGUGGAGCUGAGGAAGAGGAGCACCCUUACGAGCUGCUGCUUACAGCAGAAACUAAAAAGCCGGUGGCGGUGGAUAGGAAAACAAAAGCUGAAUUUGAGGACCUGCUGGCGCUGCAUGUUUAUGUCAGCGGACCACAGGAGUGCCGAAGCCAGGACUCUGCCGACGGCCAGGACAUCCAGGUUCCCGAGCAGUUUUCGGGGUUGCUCCACGGUUCUUCCCCAAUCUGUGAGAUAAGCGAGGACCCUUUCAGGCUCGUUUCCUCCACGGAGAAAGGAGGCACGGAAGCUCCGAGCCACCCACCUGCUAUGCAGCUGGAGGAUGCUGACUUACCUGCCUCUGGAUCGAUACGGACCAGCUCUCCGGACCAAAACCAGAAAGUGGUCUACGCAACUGUCCAGCACACGCACGUCAACCGGGCGGAUCCUGAAACUGUAGUCACGCCCCACGUGCUUCAGCACCCCGGCGGUGCCGAGGAAGAGGGGGACAGAGCUGUGGGCAGAGCCCACCCAGGGAGCAAACCCAAAGCUGAGCUCAAACUCAGCCGCAGCUUGUCUAAGUCGGACUCAGAUCUCCUGACCUGCUCUCCGACGGAGGACGAUGCCAUGGGGAGCCGGAGUGAAUCGCUCUCGAACUGCAGCACUGGCAAGAAGAGACUGGAGAAGUCGCCGUCUUUUGCUUCGGAGUGGGAUGAGAUCGAGAAAAUCAUGAGUUCCAUCGGCGAAGGCAUUGACUUCUCUCAGGAGCAGCAGAGGAUCUCAG